AUGACCAAACAUAUUUUAGAGAACUGCAGCGCAGUUCCAAGUGAAAUAAAGCAAUAUCAUAAUAUUAAAUACAAUAAAAGCGCAGACAGCGAUAUGGAAUGCACAGCAUUAAACAAUGCUGAAUGGUUAGCUUCCGCUAAUCCCCUAUCUGCACCUCCAGCGCUUGGCAAAAAACGAAAAAUUUCUGAUUAUGGAAUGGCAAAGCCGACCAAUUUAGAACAUACAGCCUUAUAUAGUUCAUUGGUGCUUGCUCUUAUUACUUCCGAUAUUCCUUGGAAAUUCUUAGACAAUGGCUACUUUCGAGAAUUUCAAAUGAGAUUGCAUCCGGAUUUUCAACCACUAAGUGGAUAUCAAGCUUGCGAGCAAAUUGUCAACAAAUUACAGCUACAAACAGAUGAAGAUAUUACUAAUUUUUUACUGGAUUCGACAUAUUUGACGAUAUCGUGCGAUGCUACCAAUAGUGUUGAUAACUGGAACAUCACAAAUUGGGUAGCAACAAAUGAAAACGCGUAUUCAGAAUUGAUAUAUAUUACUUCUCGCCCAUGUGCUAAAACUGCUCCAGAUAUCUUUGAAGAAAUUUAUAGCUUUAUUGGUAGGUUAAAACUUCCAGUAUCGACUCAAGUAAGCUUUUGCAGCGAUAGUUCCGAUAUAGACGCCGCAGUAAAGAAAAAAGUACGAGAGCAACCAGAUGCGAGAAUAGGCUUGACAGGAAGUUGUUUAGCCCAUCAAUCGAAUUUCAUCAUGAAAGAUGUUAUAAGAAACCUAACGUAUCUUGGCAAUAGCAUUGGGACGUGUCAAAAAAUUGCCAGGUUUACACAUCAAUCGAAAUCCUUUUAUGGCCUACUUCGAGAUGAACUAGAUAUACAAGAUAUAUCGAUUUGGAUUCCGACACAAGCGCAAUGGUAUUCAAUAGCCAUGUGUGUAAAGCAAAUAUUGUGCAUCGAAAAGGAACUUAAAGUUGCAUCUGGUAAAUGCUCAGACGACGCAUUUAUGCCAUUUGACACACCAGAAAGUAACCUUCAAAGCAUAAUAAACGAUGAUCAUUUUUGGAGUGAUCUUAAAAGCACUUAUGCCAUCUUAACACCGUUUAAUUUUAUUGCUGCAAUGUCUGAAAGAUCUGAUAUAACCUCUAGCCAAUUUCUAAUAACAUGGAUGUGGUUAUUAUGCCUACUGAAUAACGCACCAGAAGUAGACAACACCAUUAGAAUAAAUAUAUUCAAUAAUAUUGAAAAAAGGAUACAAAAUUUCAUUGAAGAUCAUCAGAUAAUAUCGAUUGUGCUAGAUCCUCGCAUUUAUCUUACUGGCUUAAGCCAAUUUGGUAAGCGAAGGGUACGCUCACUUUUUUCGCAAUUUGUGGAGAGAUUAUAUCCACAAGUGGAUAUUGCUUUAAUUAUGGAGCAAUAUAUUGCGUACUGCCAUAAACGAUUUCCAUUCGAUGAUAAAAUUACAUGGAAUCAUAUGGCUAAAGCGCCAAUCACGUUUUGGAAUGAGUACUCACAAGAGACAUCGGAAUUAUCUACCGUCGCCAUUACAAUAAUUACUCUUACGCCGCAUGCUUCUACAUGCGAAAGAGCAUGGUCGGCAUAUGCUACUAUCCCUAAUACUAAGCAACAUAAUCGACUCAAUUUCGAAAAUAUAACUAAAAUUUGUAAAAUUAAGCAUCAUUACGAUACUCAAAAGAUCAUAAAUGCAACAGCUGCUGGCGCUAAAAGAUACGCUUUAAUAUUAUGUAAUAUGGUUAAGAUUAAAAGAGAGCAUUUACUUGGCAAUGAAGAAGAUCGACCAGAUGAAACACCCACUACAGAAGCUAUCCAGGAUAUGAAUGAUAACCUUAGCGAUAGCGAAGAUGCCAAUUUCAUUCGUGCUAUAGCUGAAGUAGCAGAUCCUGAGUUUCGUGAUGAUUUGCCUAGUAACAGCGGUAUGAGUUGCAAUCGAAGUGUUGAUGUGCAAGCCCCCGAGGAUAUAACCAUGAAAGACUUUACUCUCUCAUGGCUGGAUCUAACUGCUCAAACAUUAGAUAAUAUUGAGGAAAUUGUUAGAUCGUUUGUACCGAUAGUUCCAAGGUAA